AUGACCGUUUCCGUUGUUCAGUUAGAUGCCGUGCGAGCAUCCGUUGAUGCCGCGCUGGAAACAUUGCACGACUCAUUGCGCAAAUUGAAUCACGAAAUUUGGUCGAACCCCGAACUUGCUUAUGAAGAGCACCGUGCUCAUGACGCCAUUUGUGACUUUCUCGAACAACAGGGCUUCACUGUUACUCGUCAUGCAUAUGGAUUAGACACUUCCUUUGAAGCUCUCAGUGGAUCUGGUGGCCGUUUGAUCAACUUCAACGCUGAAUAUGAUGCACUCCCCGAUAUCGGUCACGCCUGUGGUCACAACCUUAUCGCGACUAGCAGUAUUGCUGCAUUCCUCGCUCUCUCGUUUGCAUUGAAGAAAUACGGUAUUCCCGGCCGGGCACAAUUGCUAGGUACACCAGCCGAAGAGAACGGCGGCGGAAAAGCCAAGCUCAUUGAUGCUGGAGCCUACAAGUCCGUGGACAUUUCUCUUAUGGCUCAUGGAGGACCUAUGAAAACAUUCCCAGAGCAGGCUGAUGCAACAGGAAUUGCUGGAACACUCAUGAACGCCCGCAAAAAUAUUCAUUGCGAGUUCACAGGAAAGAGUGCUCACGCCGGCGGCAACCCAUGGGCCGGAAUCAAUGCUUUGGACGCAUUGGUCGCUUCUUAUAAUAACGUCGCAGUCCUCCGUCAACAACUUUUACCGGAUCAGCGUAUUCAUGUUGCCUUUACCGAUACUCCCAAAGUGGCAAAUGUCAUUCCUUCGUAUACCAAAGCGUUUUGGCAGGUUCGAAGUCCAACAUUGAAGGGACUCAACUCUCUCGUGGCCAAAGUUCGCAACUGCAUUGAAGCUGGUGCUUUGGCCACCGGUUGUCAAGCAACCAUUUCCGAAGAUGAACUCUACACUGACGUCCGAUUAAAUGAUACGCUUUGUGAGAGAUAUCAAGUCCACAUGGGAUCAUACGAACGAAAAGUGAUGAAGCGCUCCGAUAAAGUUCUCACAGCUUCAUCCGAUAUCGGUAACGUCAGCUAUGUGACACCGACUCUACACACCAUGUUCGGAAUUCCCUCACCUGAUAACACGUUCCCUCAUCAUCCUACCUUUGCUGCUGCAGCUGGAACCGAUGAGGCUCACGCAGAAGCAAUCAUUGUCGGCAAAUCACUGGCUCUGAUUGGAUAUGAUAUGGUUACCAAUGAUGAGCUUUACGAGACCGCGCAUCGACAAUGGAAAGAGGAGAUUGCCCGGGAUUAA